AUGUCUCCUUCUCCCCAAAGAGACAGAGAUGCUCAAGUCGAUGCAGUCACCGGUGCGGCUGCUUCUGACGACUUGCAGUCGAACACCGACUGCGUCUAUAGAGAGCCUGGAAUCAAGCUUGAUGCCGGUGAUAAACUGAUCAUUGAAAGGCUCAACCGUAUCGAGGGACUCCUGCAAUCAAGCAUAGCAGCACAUUACUCACUACCCUCAACGUCACCAGCAACCAGUAACGAUACCAACAUCGGUGGUGAAGAUGCACCGGUUAAGACAUCCAGCGUGGCUGUGAUGCCCGUGAAAACGUCUGUUGCUGGACUCGCCUCUUGGGCUAACCCACCCACGAGUAUCUCAACGAUGCCAAAGGUACAUACCACUCCUGCGUUACAUCUGCUACAGUGGCCGUUGAUUCGAGGAUUGGUGGCUGGCCCCUAUGACCCUCAUACAUUAUUGCAACUAGAAAUGGCUCGUGAGCCCCUUAAGAUGAGAUCCCCCAAGGAGUUGGACUUAACAAAUGCAACGAUAUAUAUCAGGAAUUUCUUUCGACGUGUCAAUGUUUGGUACGCCUGCGUUAAUCCAUAUACAUGGUCUCGGUAUUACAAAACUGCCGUGUCCAUCGGCCUUCGAGAAGGACCUGAGAGCUGCCUGGUCCUUUUGGUAUUGGCCCUUGGAUGUGCUAGUCAUCAUGGGAGUAUUUCCUCUGUCUCACCAGAUAACGAGGCUCCAGGCCUGUCUUAUUUUGCGGCAGCUUGGGACCUUCUCCCUAUAGUAAUGAUGCGCAACUCUGUGCCUGCCGCACAGUGUAUCAUAUUGGCAUCAGCCUAUUUAUUCUACCUAGUCAGACCCCUAGAGGCCUGGACUCUUCUGUCAAAUGCCAGUCUAAAAUUACAGCUACUUUUUGGCAAUCCAUCUCGUGUUCCUCUUCAAUGGAAGGAAUUAAGUGUGCGAGUAUACUGGAACGCUCUGCUCUACGAAAGCGACUUGCUAGCGGAACUAGAUCUACCACAUUCAGGGAUCGUGCACUUUGAAGAGCUAGUUGAUCUUCCUGGGGGGUUCGAGGAGGAAGAUGACGAAGAUGACCAAGAGGCCGAGGACGAAAAUGGUGAAAUUUCAUCUGAAAAUGAGCCUGUUGGUCGCGACGAAUUAUGGUACUUCCUAGCAGAAAUUGCAUUGAGGAGAUUGCUCAACCGUGUCAGCCACAUGGUUUAUCAAAAGGAUAGCCCAUUAACUCUUGGGACGCUUGGACCUAUUGUUUCCGAGCUGGACUACCAACUCUCUCAGUGGUAUGAGAGUCUGCCCCAACCUGUUCAGUUUCCUCUUUCCCGUACACCUGUGUCAAACUCUGUCCAGACUGCUCUACGGCUUCGAUAUUUUGCAUGCAGGACAAUUAUCUACCGACCAUAUAUUUUGGCUGUGUUUGAAAACGAGCAGACAUCUUCAGAUCCAGUGGUAAAGGAAUGCUGCCGGCGGUGUAUAGAAGCCACAAUACGCCAACUGGAGAAUAUAACAAGCCACCGCGAAGGCCAUCUACCAUAUCUUUGGCAGGGAGCUUUGUCCAUGGUGUCACAAACGCUGUUGAUUAUGGGGGCUACUAUGUCUCCAACGCUUUCUGUCUUGCUGCCCCCUGCAGACCAAGUGGAUGGGAUGAUAUCAGAAGUAGUGGCAGAGGUUGAGAGAUACGCUCACCUUGCCCCGAGUUUAAAACUAUCAGCAGAAAUCAUUCGAGAUGCAGAAAAACGACGGCAAAUUUGUUUGAGGUCUACAGGGCAGUGA